UUAACGACAAAGAGGAACCAAUGAAUCCUUCUUCAAGCUCAACCAAUGAAACAACAGAUAAUAAUUCUAUAAAAUCUAGUAACUUCGAAGUAAAAUUAAUUACCAACACCACUAGCUCAACUGCUGUGAAUACUGGUUGCCCUAAAGAUCAAUAAUUACAUCAAUCGGGUGAGCACCCUUUCAGAUGCUGAAAAGUACGAGCUUCUUUCUAACGCUUGGAAACCUGUUUUAGAUUACACAUUCCCUCCUGAUAAGAAUUCUGGCAGACGUUUUCAGUAUAGCUGGUUAUCUCGUUUUCCAUGGUUGGUUUAUUCUGCUGCCGCAAAUGGUGGUUUCUGUAUCAAUUGUGUCCUUUUUGGUGGCGAAAGUACACACAAUGCUAGCAAGCUACAACCAUUAAUGACCCUUCCUCUUAUUCCUUCAUCAUCUGCAACACAAAAGCUAAUUCAACAUGCACAGAAAUCCAAGGUACAUGAAACUGCAACCAUUCGAGCUUCAGAGUUUAGACGAAUGAUGGAACGAAAAAGCACGCCCAUUGAUGUCCAGCUCAAUAAUGCACGGCGGGAACUAAUUGAGAAGAACAGGAUGCGACUUAGUACGAUUAUCGGUGCUAUUUUAACAUGUGACAGACAAAGUAUUACACUCCGAGGUCACCGUGAUGAUUCACAGUAUUACAUCGAAGAUGAUACAACAAACCCAGGUAAUUUUAUUGAGAUUGUCAAAUACGGUGCAAGAUCUGGUAACAUUAUGGAUGAGAUGUUCAAGGAUUGUCCUUCAAACCAAACGUAUCGGUCAAAAACGAUUCAAAAUAAAAUAAUCGAAAUAUGUGGCGCAAUGUUAUCUGAGGCGCUUGUUACCGAGGUAAAAGAAGCGAAGUUCUUCUCUGUGCUGGCUGAUGAUCGAGGCUACAGAUUGCUCCAAUGUGGAACAAAUGGCAAUAGUUUUGAAAUUUGUUGACAACCUAAUGAAGAUCCGAGAGGAAUUUCUUGGUUUUAUUCCCUGCCAAAAAGGUUUGUCUGGAGAAGCUCUAUCUGAAGAAAUCUCUAACUUCAUCAAGGGCAUUGAUCUAGGUAUGGAAGACUGUCGUGGGCAAGGAUAUGAUGGUGCGGGAAAUAUGGCUGGUAAACUGUCUGGGGUUGCCGCCCGAAUACAGAGAAUUUAUGACAAAGCUAUCUAUGUUCACUGUAAUUCACAUGUACUGAAUCUUUGUGUUGCAUCAUCCUGCAAAAUUAACGUUGUUCGGGAUAUGAUGGAUAACGUGCGUAACGUCUCUAAUUUUUUAAAUGACUCGCCGAAGAGAACCUUGGUGUUAAAGAAGAAAAUUAGUGAAAUUGUUCCAACCGAGCGCCGACAGAAGCUAUUGAAUGUAUGCCGUACAAGAUGGGUUGCAAGAAUUGAUGGCUUAAGAAUCUUCAAGAACUGCUACGUGGCUCUUUUAUCAGCACUUGGGGCAAUUAAACUUGAUAAAAGCAACGAUCCAGAUGUACGCUAUAGGGCUGGCGGUAUGAAGAAAGCCAUAGAAAAGUUCGAGUUCACUGUGUGCCUAAUUCUGGUAGAGCGUUGCCUUAAAUGCACAAAACCGUUAACCCUCCAACUUCAGUGUGCUUCACUCGAUGCAGGGAAAGCUCGCGAAAAAGUUUCCACUCUUUACCUCACGAUUAACGAACUUUGUUCAUGAGUCGUUCUAUCAAAUGGCUAUCGAUUUGGCAAAAGAAGUGAAAAUAGAACCUACGAAAAAGAGAACGACUGAUUCCCAAGUACAUCGUAAAAAUGUUCCUGUUGAUUCCACUUCAGAGUAUUACAAAAAGCAGUUAUAAUACCAUUUUUGGAUCAACUUAUGGGACAAAUACAGUCUCGUUUCUCAGAAGGAAACCUUGAUGCUUUAGAUGUCAUGUAUGGAAUGCCAAAUAAGGUGGUAUCCGAUCCCGACUGGAAAGAAAAUUUCUCUCGUUUCCUCAAUAAAUAUAAAGAUGAUCAACCUGACUUGGACUUUUUAGAAUGCGAAUUACGGUAGUGGAGACUGAAGUUUUGUAAUCUUACAGAUCCUCUUCCAACUUCCCUUGAGGAACUAUUUCCUUAUGCUGACCGAUUUUCCUUUCCCAACGUCCUAACAGCGAUGAGAAUAUUUGGAACCAUUCCCGUAACGUCAUGCAGCUGUGAAAGAUCCAUUUCAACGCUUCGGCGAUUAAAAACAUUUAUGAGAAGUACAAUGGGAGAAAAGAGAUUAAAAGCACUGGCGCUGUUAAACGUUCAUCGCGAAAUCAAACUUGAUGUGGAGAAAGUAAUUGACCGUUUUGCCUUAAAACAUCCCAGACGAAUGUUGUUGGUGGAUCUCCUAAAUAGUAACGACGCAACUCUUGAAGAAAGUAAAGAUGACUCGCCGUGA